AUGGAUCCGUCAACCAGAACCACCCCUUUGAUCCCAGCUACAUUAGGUGAAUCUAAGGUUACAGGAAGAGAAAGAAUAAAGACCUUCACGUAUGAUUAUUCCUACUGGUCAGUCAAGAAAGGAGAUCCUCAUUUUGCUUCUCAGGAGAGGGUGUAUUCUGAUCUUGGUUCUGAUGUCUUAGACUCUGCCUUUGAGGGUUACAAUGCCUGUAUAUUUGCCUAUGGACAAACAGGAUCGGGAAAAUCAUUUACAAUGAUGGGAGAACCGGAUGGACCAGGCCUUAUACCAAGAAUAUGUGAGGGACUGUUUACGAGGAUCAGGACCGAUUCAGAUGAUGUAUCAUACAGGACAGAGGUCAGUUAUCUUGAGAUUUACUGUGAGCGUGUGAGGGAUUUACUGAAGACUGGUAGAGAACACACGUUACGAGUGAGAGAACAUCCAAGAGAUGGGCCGUAUGUACAAGAUUUAUCAAAGCACUUGGUUUCAGAUUACUAUGAUGUCAAGGCACUUAUGGAUAAAGGCAACAUACAAAGAACCACAGCUUCCACCAACAUGAAUGACACUAGCAGUAGAUCACAUGCCAUCUUCACCAUUACAUUCACACAGGCCAAGUACAUAGCUGAUAUGCCAAGUGAGACAGUUAGUAAAAUCAAUCUAGUGGAUUUAGCAGGAAGUGAACGAGCCAAUGCUACCGGUGCUACGGGGGACAGGUUAAAAGAAGGUGCCAAUAUCAACAAAUCUCUUGUCACCCUUGGCAAUGUCAUCUCUGCUCUCGCUGAUGCUUCGUCAUCCUCUGCUCCUAGUCCAGGAGGGAACCGGAAGAAAUCUCUCUUUAUUCCAUACAGAGAUUCUGUUCUGACCUGGCUUCUUAAAGACAGUCUUGGUGGAAACUCUAAGACCAUCAUGGUAGCAACCAUUUCACCUGCUGAUGUGAACUAUGGAGAAACUCUAAGCACAUUACGAUACGCAAACAGAGCAAAGAACAUCAUCAAUAAACCUACUAUCAAUGAGGAUAAAAAUGUAAAACUUAUCAGAGAACUGAGAGCAGAGAUUGCCAGAUUAAAGAAGAGACUUGGAACAUCAGACUUUGACGAUCUCCCUAUAGGCAAUAAUAUGAUGGACAAAUUACAUGAGAAUGAAGAAAGAGUGAGUAAUUUUAUUGCUAUGAAUUCAGCAAAUUGAGGGUUGAUUUGAAAGCAUAUUUAUUCAACUGUUAGUGAUGAAUCAAUUCUGAGUAAAUUUCUUGCAUCUUCUUUAUUUAUUUCCUAUUCUUUUCUGUAAAGCAAUAAGACACGUACAUUGGAUGACUAGAUUAUAUCAUACUGUAUAUCACCCAUCUUCUUUUUGUCUCUCUCUUCUUAUCCUCCUCCUCAACCCUCCCCCCCCCCCCUCAUCUUCCUCUCCCUUCUCAUUAUACCUCAAGUCUUGAAGACUUUGCAUGUAGAUGUACAAGGUUUCUUGCAUUCUCUUUUCAGGGAAUGUUGUUGGUAUAAUGGAAUCAUUGAUUUGAAUUCCUUUCCUGAAUUCAAUAUGUUACUCUCUCACUAUGGUCAGUUGUCUUGUACAUAGCAGUAGUACAUCAUAUCUUUAUUAGAGAUCAAGAAUAACAAGAACCAGGCCCUGCAUCCUAUCAGGUUGGCCGGCAGGUUAAAAUUUACAUUAUUACCAGAUACAUAACAAACAGUACAUUAUACAUUACAAUCAUAAUACAUUAUAUGCAGAUGCCAGAUGAUAUACAUAUAACAGUAAAAGCACAAAUAACGAUGUUGUGAACAGCUGCCAAUAGCAAAAGUGCAGAGGUUUGCAGUGGUGCGACUACCAUGCUACCGGCGCCAUGUCCUUUUUUUUUUGGUCAGUUUAACUUUUCUCUUAUACAUAACUAGUGUUUGCAAUAAAUAUUUCUGAUUUCAGAACUGUUCUUUUUCUGAAAAAGAGUUAAACAAUUAAGUUUAUUUCAAUGUCACUGUCUGAAACUAUAUUCAUUUGUAGAGUUUCAAGAAAUUAAUCUGUCAAAUGACUUCUGUCUGUCUCUCAACAUGUAUUCAUUUUGAAACUAUAUUAAUUUGUAGAGUCUCAAGAAAUUAAUAUGUCAAAGGACUUAUGUCUGUCUCUCAGCAUCAAUUGUGACCACCUUUCACAACCAUUAUUACAGUGAUCCUUAUAUCAUGCAAGAUGAUGUGACCUUGUCAUUGUUGCCUGGCCAACAGACAGAUGAAAUUCCCCAAUGUAUCAUGUUGCAGUACUAGAAAUAACAUAACUGGGUUUGGGCAAGAUGGGGAUGGUAAAGUGGAAGGGAGACAUUUCUGACUGUACUAGGACAUCAGGGGUGUAUUUUAUGGAGAGUUUUGUCAGUGGUUUUCACUGACUAAUUUGCUCUCAGCCAAUCAGAUGCAAGGAUUUCCAGUACCUUUGUACACUGUACAUGUGUUGAUGAAAGCCACCGAGAGAACUAUUUAUGAGAUGCUCCCUAGGAGAGCAUUUGAGGACGUGUUGUGCUAGUGAUUUUUUCACAUACUGAUUUGUGUUCAUCCAAUCAGAUCGAAGGAUCACAAGAGCACAUGAAAGUUGUCACUGAAAACUCACUGCCAAAUUGCUUCAUGAAAGCGAGCUGAAAACAAACACAAAUUUCAUGAAGAUGUACAUGAAUAUUUUAUUUGGUUUUAUUGACAAGUUUAACACAGGCAUAAAAUUUUACAGCUCAAAAUACACUUUCAUGUGCUUAAAAGAAUACACUUAACAUCAAUUUGUGUUCCUUAAAAAAAAAAAAAAAUAAUAAUUCCUUUCCUCUUUAUCAUGUGAAAGUAAAUUCUUUUAAUUUGAAUAAAGCAUAGAGAUAUUUUUUUUAUAUUACUGUGAAGGAGCAUGUUGCUAGAAAUAUAUUUAGUAAAUUUUGAUUCACUUUGAAACUUUUGUAGUACUUUUAUUAUAUUAACUAGCCAUUUAAUGAAGUGCAUAAUUUAAAACCACUGACAGGUAAAUUUCAUUGAAAUUCUCUUUUUGUUUGUAGUAGGAGUAGCUUGAGAUAUUUGGAAGAUUUAGGGAAAGGUCGCAUUAAAUUGAAAUUUUUUUGUAAUACUUUCAUUAGCUCCGUACCACUUAUUAUAGUAUCCAUAGUGUAGACAAAUCACAGAAUGUAUUUGCAUGAGGUGAAAUAGUGAUUUCCUUUUUGCCAAAGACAUGAAGCCAAUUUAGGGCUCUUUAAUGUAAGUAAAUUGUAGCUACAUACAUGUAUAUCCUGUUGAAUUGUGAUCUUCUCAUUAAAUUGAUGACCAGCCAUAGUUAAUCUAUUGCUUCAGCCAAAGUUAAUCUAUUGCUUCAGCCAAAUUUUUAUCAGGGAAAGUUCUCCUUUCACUAACAGACCCUGAAACUGUCUUAAUACCAUUUGCACUGUUUUUUCCUAAAGAGGAGCAUGGCUUGACUUCUAUUGAAGACCGUUCGUCUUUGACAAAACUUGGAAAGUACCUUUUGAGGAAUGUUUUUCUAAAUGGUGCAAAAGUGAUCAUAUAUAUAAAGGGGUUCAUUGCACUGUUGAAUUUGGCCAGGAAUUCAAAUGUGACGGAUAGUUGCCAUGGAAACUGAUGUCUGGUGAUGAGGCCGUAGUGCAUCUCGAUGGCGAAUGGUCCCCAGCAUAUGAGGAAUACGACGAUGACCACGAAAAUGCGGGCUGUGAUGGUGAUUUGUCUCCUAGUUUCUUCCAAACUUGUCUUUUCUCUGGCCGUGACCUGGUUCUGAACGUUUAUCUUCUGCCCGGCUUUCCAGCUAAUGUUUGUGAUGCGUAAGCAGCAGUAGAAGAUCACUCCCAGCGAAAUGUAGAACCCGCACGUCAGUAGAAUGAUGGUGUAGGGCCUUGUGUUGUUGCUGGUGACAUCGAUCCCGCAGUUGUAGAAGAAUGGCUGGAACUUGAUGAAGUGUGAUACCGUGACAGAAAACAAUGCCAUUGCAGAUCCGUAGCCCCACGUUAGGAGGAGAAGGGAGAAGACGCGCCUCUUGGAGAAGAUCAGUUGAUAGCAUAAGGGAACAGAAAUGCAGACCAAGCGGUCAAUACUGAUGAGGGCUAGUGAGGUGAUGGAGACAAUGACCGUGCAGAUGGCCGUAGAGGUCAUGACCCUACAGAAGAGGUCAGUACUGUACCACUGACCUGUAAUCACAACCGGGAUGCAGAAUGGCAAGUAGAAGAUGCCGAUGGAUAAAUCAGCAAUGGCAAGGUUGAUCAAGCAAUAACCUACAAGAAUACACACAAGCAGCGAGGUAAAUCAAAGUGUAAUUGAAUUAAGACAUACAUUUCAGCAAGGACCGUUGCCCUGAAAAUGAUCUGAGCAAACUGUAGUGUCAUAAGAGCAUUCUGAUUAGGCAAAAGACUGGAGGGGCUAGCUGUUCAUAAUCCAUAGUGGCUUGCCCCUACAAUACCUUUUGCUAUGAAUGUUCUGAUACAACCACAUUCUACCAUAUUUCAAUUUCAACACCUUGAUCAGAAGACAUUGUUUUAUCCUAAAGUGUUCAACAGAUUUAUGAAAAUCCAUUAAAGUGAAUUUUUCAUAUUCACUGUUUGCUUUCAUUUCCAUAUUGGUCAUAUUAGGCUUAGGGGAUGUGCUUUUUUCAUACUGUUAAUAAUGAGGUUUUGUGUGAAAUGUCUCGUGCACAUUGCAAUUUUAAUCAACAAUUGUAAUAAUUAGUGUUUCUUUGUUUCAUCAAACCACAAAAGCCAGCAAUUAGCCAUGAUACUUAUUUUAUAGGAAAGCAAAAAUUAAAGAAGUUAUGAAAAUAAUAUCCUUAUUUUUAUCCCCUCAGAGUUAACUCAGCAUGAAAAGAAUUGAGCCUGAUUUUCAUUCACACUUCCAAAUAUCCCCUCCUUCAUAGGUUUCACUAGAAAGUGGACAUAAUGUAUUUACCUGUUUGGUUGAAGAGACUGGGUGUGGAGACUAUUGUAAUGAUACUCAGUGUAUUACCUGUGAUGAUAACUGUUAUGAGGAUACAGAUCAUGAUUAGUAGAGGGUAGUUUGGAGCCAAGACUUCCACUGGAGGAACCGUCUCAAUUAGAGAUGACAUUUCAGUAACAUUCUGUAGAGGAGAUUAAAGUUGUAUCGUAUUUCAUAGAAUUCUUUUUCAAUACCUGACAAACACAGUCCCAAUUCAUAAUUAAAUAAAUUUCUUAUGAUAUGGAUUUGAUGCGAAGAUGAAAUCAGAAACACUGCUUCAAAUCGGUGUACAGCGAGAAACAAAGAGACAGACAGAGAGACAGUGAGAGAGAGGGAGAGAGAGAGAUUAAAAGGUGAUAAACAGUGAAUAAUUACAAGAAAUAUGCAGUGUACUCUGUAUUAUACCUAUAUGAAAGAAUGAAGAAGAAAAUCAACACUG